AUGGGAGUAUUCACAGCAGCCGCUGCGGCUGCUAAAUCCGCUUUAACAAUAAGCGGUAUUAGCAAACUGACUUUCAUUCCCGCUAUGCUCGCUGCCAUGGCUUACUUCAACUACGACCUCCUCGACCCGGAGAAUAGGCCAUUCAACCAGAAGUACCUGAGGGAGGAGUACGACUUCGUGAUCGUGGGCGGCGGUUCAGCGGGGGCGGUGCUGGCGAAUAGGUUAUCGGAAAUUGAAGGCUGGAAUGUGUUGCUACUUGAAGCCGGUGGACACGAAACCGAUAUCAGUGAUGUUCCCUUACUCUCACUUUAUCUCCAUAAAAGCAAACUUGAUUGGAAAUACCGAACACAGCCGCAAGACUCCGCUUGCCAGGCCAUGAAAGAAAAGCGUUGUAGUUGGACAAAGGGUAAAGUGUUGGGAGGAUCAUCAGUCCUCAACACUAUGCUUUACAUACGUGGCAAUAAGCGAGACUUCGACCAGUGGGAAUCCUUCGGCAAUCCUGGAUGGGGCUAUGAAGAUGUGUUACCCUAUUUCAAAAAAUCUGAAGACCAAAGAAAUCCCUACUUAGCCAAAGACACCAGGCACCAUAGUGUAGGAGGCUACUUGACUGUACAAGACGCACCUUACAAUACGCCAAUAGGAGCAGCUUUUCUUCAAGCCGGUGAAGAAAUGGGCUACGACAUAAUUGAUGUAAACGGCGCACAACAAACUGGCUACGCCUGGUAUCAGUUCACCAUGCGAAGAGGCACUCGAUGCUCCACAGCAAAAGCAUUUCUACGACCGGUUCGAUUACGUCAGAACCUCCACGUAUCUUUAUUUUCUCAUGUCACCAAAGUAUUAAUUGACAAAGAUAACAAAAGAGCGUAUGGAGUUCAAUUUAUAAAGGACGAAACUAAGCAAGUUGUAUACGCGAAACGUGAGGUUAUCUUAGCGGCUGGUGCGAUUGGCUCGCCACAAAUCCUAAUGCUCUCAGGUGUUGGACCAGCGCAGCACUUGAAAGAAGUCGGUAUUGACGUGAUUCACGAUCUUCCCGGAGUGGGAAGGAAUUUGCAAGACCACAUUGCUGUUGGGGGAAUCGUGUUUCAGAUCGAUUACCCAGUAAGUUUAAUAAUGAAUAGGCUUGUUAAUAUAAAUUCGGCGCUGCGUUAUGCUAUUACUGAAGAUGGCCCUUUAACUUCAAGCAUUGGAUUAGAAGUAGUUGCCUUCAUUAAUACAAAAUAUGCGAAUGCCUCGCAAGAUUGGCCUGAUAUGGAAUUCAUGAUGACGUCGGCGUCUAUCCCUUCAGACGGUGGCACUCAAGUAAAGAAGGCACACGGUAUAACAGAUGAAUUCUACGAAGAGGUGUUUGGUCACUUGACGAGCAAAGAUGUUUUUGGUAUAUUCCCUAUGAUGCUCCGACCGAAGAGUACAGGUUUUAUAAAGUUGCGAUCGAAAAACCCGUUGGAAUAUCCAGUAAUGUACCACAACUACUUGACACACCCUGACGACGUUGGAGUUUUGAGAGAAGGCGUUAAAGCGGCUAUUGCCGUAGGAGAAACUACUGCUAUGAAACGUCUGGGAGCAAGGUUCAAUAAUAAGCCAGUACCAAACUGUAAACACUUACCUCUGUACACGGAUGAGUACUGGGAAUGUUACAUAAGACAGUACACAAUGACAAUAUACCAUUUAUCAUGUACGGCCAAAAUGGGACCCUCAAGUGAUCCAAUGGCGGUAGUUGAUCCCCAAUUGCAAGUUUAUGGUAUUCAGGGCUUAAGGGUAAUAGACGCUAGUAUUAUGCCAGCGAUAACAAAUGGGAAUAUCAACGCACCUGUAAUUAUGAUAGCUGAGAAAGGCAGUGAUUUGAUAAAGGAUACUUGGUUACCCAAGAAAAGAAAAAGAAGUAGUAGAUCUUUAAAACGGCACAGAUUAGAUGAGUAA